UCCACAACGGUUUUCGUUUGCAACUAAUUGAUUUGUUUAUGUGAAGACGAAUUUGAAUUCCUACUCAUUUUUAGUUUACUGUGCUUUCACAUUUUCAAAGGAGGCAGUCGUGGUUGUGAGUUGAUUGGGAAAUAUAAUUAACAUUUGCGCCGUUAGACAUGAAUGUCGUUCCCGAUGAUGCCGUUAUAUCCGGAAUCGCUGGAUACUUUCCAAAAUCAAAAAAUUUGGUCGAGUUCAAAAAACGCCUGUACGAGAACAAAAGUCUUCUCACCCCAGUGUUUUCCGACAGUAAUUUGAAUGUGACUCCGUAUCUGGGAGAUAUCGAUUCCGAAUAUUUUGAUCAUUCUUAUUUUGGUAUCCACAAGCUCCAAUGUACGUACAUGGACCCAAUGCACCGUCUUGCUCUGGAAAGAACUCUCGAAGCUAUUAUGGAUGCAGGUUUCAAUCCCCAUGAAAUAAAAGGAAAAAGGAUCGGAGUGUUCAUGGGCUCCACAAUAGGCGAAAAUGACAACCUAUUCAUGGAAUCGGUGGUGAGUGGGUUUGGAGUGACUGGACAUUCAAGAGCUAUGUUGCCAAAUCGUAUUUCUUAUUGGUUGAAUUUGAAAGGACCCAGCGUAGCCUAUGACACCAACUGGAUAAAUGGGAUGGAAAUCCUUCGAUUGGCAUUUGCUGCAAUCAAAACCGGCCAGUGUGACUCUGUAAUAGUUGGAACUACAAAUGUGUGCUGCCAAGAAGAACUACAGUGGCUGUAUGACGACAUGGGACUUCUAUCAAAAGACGGUAGCAUCAAGGCUUUUGAUGCUAAUGCAUGUGGUUAUGGUAGAAGUGAAGGUGUGGUAGUCAUGUUCAUUCAGAGAUCUUCGGAAGCGAGAAGGAUUUAUGGAAGUAUCAUGCAUAUAUCUACUAGAUUUGAUGGGAAUCACAAAGGAAAUUUAAUGAAUUUCGAAGAAGAGAAUAUGACCGAAUUUUUGGAGGAAUUUUACCAGAACUGCUCCGUUAAACCGGAGGAAAUAGACUACGUUGAAACACAUGGCUGCGCAAUAAAGUUGAUGGAUAAGGCAGAACUGAAUUCUUUAGAACGAGUAUUCUGUCCAAACAGGAAAAAACCCCUCCUAUUAACCUCCGUGAAAACCAUCACAGGCCACAGCGAAGCCAGUUCAUCCCUGUUCUCCAUCGUCCAAGCACUCUUAGCGAUGGAAGAAGAAGUCAUUCCAGCCACCCUCCAAUACGAAACCCCCAAUCCAGAUAUUCCGGGCUUGACCAACGGAAAUCUUCAAGUUGUUACCAAAAAUACGGAGUGGUCCAGUGAUUAUGUAGCCGUCAACUCGCUUGGUCUUGAUUCGUGUUUCGGCCAUGUUGUUUUCAAAAGGAAUCCGAAGAAAAAGGUUCACAGGAAAUUAGAUUUACCGAUGCUACUUCUUGUUUCUACACGAACAGAAACCGGAAUCAAGGAGAUAAUAGAAACGUUGAAAACCAAACCUGAAGAUCCAGAAUAUUACAAACUCAUCCACGACAUUUUUUCUAAACCGAUACAAGGUUAUCUUCAAAGAGGUUAUUUACUACGUGGAGAAGGAGAGCCUAAGCAGGAAACAGCUUUCUAUCAAGGCAACAAGAGACCAAUAUGGUUCGUUUACUCUGGAAUGGGAAGUCAAUGGUGCGGUAUGUUGGGUGAUUUCAUGAAAAUUGAAGUUUUCGCGAACUCCAUAAAGAAAUCUCAUGAUACUUUAGCUGUCAAGGGAUUGGAUCUGAUAAAUAUAAUCACCACAUCAGAUAAGACCAUAUUCGAUUCCAUUUUGCAUUGUUUUGUUGGUAUUGCCGCUAUUCAGAUUGCUCUGACUGAUGUUAUGAGAAGCCUUGGAAUCGUACCAGAUGGUAUUAUUGGUCAUUCUGUUGGAGAGCUGGGAUGUGCUUAUGCUGAUGGAUGCAUGACUGCAGAGCAAAUGAUUCUGGCUUCUUACUACAGAGGAAUGGCAUCGAUAGAAGCUACUCUUAUCACAGGAAUGAUGGCCGCAAUAGGUCUUGGAUAUGACCAGAUCAAAGAUAGACUUCCGCCCAACAUCGAAGUGGCUUGCCAUAACAGCUCCCAGAGUUGCACCUUGUCGGGUCCAACCGAAGAUAUGGAAAAGUUCGUGGAACAACUGCAGGAUGAGGGGGUAUUUGCUAGGCUGGUGAAUGUGGCCAACAUUGCUUACCACAGUCGUUAUAUCAAACCUGCAGGCCCGCUUCUUCUGAAAUAUCUUAAAGUUGUGCUACCAUCACCAGUCGCUAGGUCCUCCAAAUGGAUAAGUACUUCAAAUCCAGAAACUAACUGGAAUACGCAUCUAGCAAAAAAUUCGUCGGCCGAGUACCAUACCAAUAACCUCCUGAGUUCCGUACUGUUCGAAGAGGGAUGCAAGCACAUCCCUGAAGACGCAGUCCUCAUUGAAAUUGCACCUCACGGUCUACUGCAAGCAAUUCUCAAAAGAUCUAUGAAAUCUGCAAUCAACAUCCCUCUCACACAGAGGAAAACCGAGAGCAGUGUCGAGUUUCUGCUUCAAAAUUUGGGAAAAUUGUAUCUUGCUGGAGUUGAAAUGAAUCUCUCAAACUUAUAUCCCAAAGUAGAAUAUCCUGUGAGUAGAAAUACCUGUUCUCUUACCGACUUAGUGCACUGGGACCACGCAGACCGUUGGAUAAAAGCAAAAGAUACUUCUCAAUCAAGUUACGGAAUACAAAAUAUCAUGAUUACUCUCACUAGUGAACAAUUCAGAGAUUGCGUUGGGCAUCAGUUGGAUGAACGAUUCAUUUUGCCCGUCAGCAGUUACCUAGAACUAUUAUUCCAAUGUACCGACAACGUUCCAGGAGGGCGAACGGAAGUGGUUUUCGAAAACUUACAUUUCAGAAAACCUCUUGUUAUCCCCAAAAAUGGAUGCGUGCCACUGAACGCCCUGGUUCAGCCUGGCAGUGGAGAAUUCACGGUCUAUUCCAACAAAGAUCUUCUUCUAACCGGUAAAAUGUUAUUCCCCAUUCCCGGAGAAGAAUUUGAAUUGGAUAAAGCGGAAGUAGAGCUCAUUCCUGAUGCUGUACAGCUCAGCAAAAGUGAUUUCUACAAUGAAAUGCAACAUAGGGGACACAAGUAUUCGGGAAUGUUCAAAACACUGAAGAAUCUGACGAUGAGUGAAGAUGGAACAGUCAGCCACGUCGAAUGGAACAACAAGUGGACGUAUCUAUUAGAAGCCAUGCUGCAGCAACAACUGUUCCUAACUGGUGAGAGGAACCAGGAGAUCCAUGUACCUAGGUUCAUUCGGAAGAUCGCCCUUUCUCUCCCUUUCCUGCCAAUCCAGACAACCGACACUGAAAUCACCUUCGAGUAUGCGACUUCAAUAAUAUCCACCGAUGGCAUAGAGGUGACCGGCAUGAUCACUGCUCCUCUUGACAUCGAAGAUCGCAUAUAUUUCGAUGGAAUGGAGUGUGUUCCUUUGAAUGGGACAUUCGAGAAAAUUGAAGCAGCCAUUGACUUCGCCAUCCAACUGGCGGGAACAGAUGAGAUUGGCCAAGAGGAGAGAAAUUUAUACUUAACUGAGUUGGAAACUGAUGACUUUCUAUCUAGUGCUAUGAAAAAUGUUUCAAGUGCAUCGAAAGUAAUUAAAGUACAUUUCUCAACAGUAGAAGAAGUGAGCCGCAUUAUUCUUCAUCCAGCAUAUCCUCAACUGUUUGCUGUCAAUGGACCUGCUUCAGAGGAAAUGUUAAGGUUGACAAUUUCAUCGGGAGCUUUCCUUCUCACAAAAGCUGAGAAAUCCUUAUUAUCCCACCCUAACCUCUUUCCAGUGGCACAGUUCAGGGUGGGUCCUCAUGAAUAUGUUAUUCUCAGAAAGAUCGUCAAAGAAAAUAGUCGUAUCGUCAGCGUCAAAGGGGACACUCUAAGUGCCAAAGACCUUAAACGUUCAUCUGCUAGCUGGACAUCGGAACUCCACGCUGCUCUCGAAGAAGCUGCCCCAACUCAAAAUAAAGUGUGCCUCAUCACAACCCUGGUGCCCGUCGAAGGUUUCCACAAUUUCGUAAGAGAACUGAAGUCGCUACCAAAUACGCGAAGUCUCCAAGUCAUCUUCAACUUGGACAAAAAACCCUUCGAUAUCAAAUUUGCUCUGCAAAGAGAUCUCACGCUGAAGAUAUUGAAAGCUGGGGCGUGGUACACUUACCUGCCGUUCUGUACUCAAUAUAAAAACGAUAUUGAACUGAACAAUACGUCUAUUUCUAGUAUGAUUGAAAAUUUGAAUAUAAACUAUUUGAGCGUAAAUUUGAAAGACGAUACUUUGAAUCCGGCCACCCAGAAAAGAAACGAAGUCGGUAACAUCGAUUAUUCUGGUAUUACCAAGAACGGGGACCGAGUUAUGGGACUUGGGAGACUGGAUAAAGACACUUCAAAACUGGUUUUGGAUCCGGUGCUAACGUGGCCUAUACCGAAGAAAUGGACUCUAGAGGAUGGCGCUACAGUGCCUCAUGCUUUUGCCAGCGCUUACUACAUGCUGAUGACCGUUGCGAAAUUAAAACCGGGAAAUACCGUUUUUAUCCACGCAGGGUGCUCACCAAUUGGCCUGGCAGCAUCUUCAAUAGCAACUCUCUAUGGUUGCAACGUUUACGUAUCAGUCUCCAAUGAUACACAGAGAGCUUACUUGCAGAAAAACUUCCUUUUCAUUAAUGAAUCUAACAUCCUCAACUCUGAUGACUGUUCCUUCAAAUCGAAACUGAUGGAAGUCACAAGCGGCAAAGGAGCCGACGUGAUUCUCAACUGCGUCUCUGGACCUCUGCUCCGCAGUUCUUUAGACUGUAUCGCAAACUUCGGGCGGUUCGUUCAUUACGGAAAGUAUGAUACUGAAGAGGGAAACACUAUUGGAAUGUACUGUUUCCUUAGAAACCCCUCCUUUUACGUCGUUGACUUGAACAAUAUUUGCUCUCUACCAAGGGAAGUCAAGAAAGAAAUCCGAGAGCUUGUGGAGAAUGGAAUUGAAAACUUCACAGUUCGGCCGUUGGUGAGACAGGUGAUGACUCGCAACGACGUAGAUAAUAUGCUGAGUAAAAUGAAGAGCAGUGGACACAUUGGUAAAAUAGUGUUGAAAAUCAGUGACAAUUUCAGCGUUAAUAAACUCAACGUGAAGAAGCCUAAUACCUUCAUUUGCAAUGCGAAGCAGUCUUAUCUAGUAUAUGGUGGAUCAGCGGAAAUUUGUGCCGAUGUGAUAGAAUGGCUGGUGCUACAUGGAGCCAAGAGAAUAGUAGUUUCCGCAGAUAUAAAACCAACCCAAAACUACAUCAGUCGCAGACUUUCCCUCUUACAAACCCACUUCGGGGUAGACAUCAUCACGGCGUCCGCCAAAGCAAGUACCAAAGAGGGCGCGGCAGAACUUUUGUCAGAAGUUUAUUCCAUAGGACCGCUACAUCUGGUAUUCACUCUUCCCAACAAAACAACAGGAACGAGAAUCAGCGACACCAAGCCAGUUCAAUAUCUCGACAGCGCUUUGAGAACGACGGCUCCAAAAGCAACAGUCAUCAAUUUCAUCAACUCUGCUGCUGGAAUUUGCUUCUCCAGAGCUGAAGCCGGUUUCUCGACGUUCAACAUCCAGUGGCAAGAGAGUCUGGACAUGAAGGACGGAAUAUCAGUUCUGGAUGCCGUACUGAACUCGAGAGUAGAUAAUGUUUUAGUGAAAAAGAGACUAGACAUUGACGAUGUUACUAUUCAGGGUGCUAUAAAAGAUUUGGGUAACGUGAUUCCGUCUAUAGAAGAAAUCAUUAGAGAACAGAAGAACGCAAAGCAGGAACCCGAGUGGGUGCAAAUUGUUAGCGAAGGACCUCUAGAGAUCAGAGAAUUAGCACCAUUGUUCAUCAUUCCUGGACUGACUGGUCACAAAGAACUGGAGAAAAUGAUUGAGCGUUUACUUUUACCCACAUUCGUAGCCGUAGCACCAGCCACAUCUUGGCCUUUGGAUAAAAUGGCAGAGGUUUAUGCCAAGAAAAUGCGUUCCAUUUAUCCAAAAGGUGUAUUUAACAUAGUCAGUGUUUCGUCGGGAGGCUUUCUAGCUAUUGAGAUUGCGAAGAUUCUGACCAAACAGAAAGCCAGUAUUCAUCUGUUCUUCAUCGACAGUGCUCCAAGGAAGGUACAGCAAGCCCUGGAAAGACUUGGAGAAGAUAGAAGCGACCAAGCGCUCAAUGUACUCAAGAUGGUUUUCGCUAUGAAGGAUUCAGAGGUUGUGAGAAAACUAGAAGCCACCAGUGACUGGAACAGCAGGAUCAAAAUAUGUCUAGAGGGUUAUGAAGGCACCAAACAACAAAGGCACCUAUUGGAAGCAGGGUUACUUCGCCUCGAAAACCAGCUUGAUACUAUUGCUACUUAUCGACCCAAUGGCGUUCUCGUUUCGGGAACGGUCCAUUUAUUAGCACCAAAUGAGGCUAGCCAAAACGAUUACUGUGGACUGGAAUCGUGCUGUCAGUCUCAACCUAGAGUUACUUUGGUGCCUGGAGACCAUCUGAGCAUAAUUCGACACAAUGAUACCUCAGACUAUAUCAAUAUGAACCAUUGGCUUAUCUAAAUGAAUAAAUUGAUUCAAAUCACGACUGAA